GGCGGCGGCGCGCGGCGUGUGGCUGGGGGCCGGGGCGGCGCGGCGCGGGCACGUUCGCUUCCCGCGGGACAGUUCCCCUCGCGCUGAGUCUGUGUCCUCCCUUUGCAGAAGCGGAACAUGCCCCUGCCGCACAGCCGUCUUGCCGGGCGGAGGGCUGUCUCGGCGGCCGGGACGGGACGCCAGGGGCUCGGGAACCCCCCAGCCCCGGGCCCACGUGCGUGACUGAGCCUCCCGCCCCCAGAGCCCGCGGCGCCGGCCGGCCGCGAUGUUCGUCCUGGUGGAGAUGGUGGACACCGUGCGGAUCCCGCCGUGGCAGUUUGAGAGGAAGCUCAACGACUCCAUCGCCGAGGAGCUGAAUAAGAAGUUGGCCAACAAGGUCGUGUACAACGUGGGACUCUGCAUCUGUCUGUUCGACAUCACCAAGCUGGAGGACGCCUAUGUGUUUCCUGGGGACGGUGCGUCGCACACCAAAGUCCAUUUCCGCUACGUGGUGUUCCACCCGUUCCUGGAUGAGAUUCUGAUCGGGACGAUCAAAGGCUGCAGCCCCGAGGGAGUGCACGUCUCUCUAGGGUUCUUCGACGACGUCCUCAUCCCCCCCGAGUCGCUGCAGCAGCCAGCCAAGUUCGAUGACGCAGAGCAGGUGUGGGUGUGGGAGUACGAGACGGAGGAAGGGGCACACGACCUGUACAUGGACACCGGCGAGGAGAUCCGCUUCCGCGUGGUGGACGAGAGCUUUGUGGACACAUCCCCCACCGGGCCCAGCGCCGCCGAGGCGGCCUCUGCCAGCGAGGAGCCCAGGAAGGAGGCCCCGUACACGCUCGUGGGAUCCAUUAGUGAGCCGGGCCUGGGCCUUCUCUCCUGGUGGACUAGCAGCUAGCCAGUGCCCGACGGUGGGCCAGCCCAGUCCGCAGGCCCAGUCCGGCACUACCCAGCCUCGGGAGGUGCCGGAAGCCAGCAGCAGCCGGAUGCCGAGCAGCAGUCUGUGGUAGGGAGCUACCAGUGGCGCCAGGAGUGCCAUCCUGGCUCCUCUUCCCGGAAGCCCCACUCUCAGCGACAGACUUUAUUGAAUAAACAAUGGCAACAUCAGUUGAGGAGUCACCUGUCUCACUGGCUGUGUCACGACCUAAGGUUGAGUUGCCACAGCUGGGACAGCAUGUCCUUCCUCUCUUCAGACCACGUGUGGAGGCGGACCCCCACAAAUGGCGGAUGGGGGGCUGAGCACCAGGCUGCCUCAGGCCAGGCUCUGGCUGGUUGAGCUUGGUGGCUCCGUAAGGUAAUACGGGGAGAGGUGGGCCUGGGGCAGCUGCCCUGGGCCAUGGAGCUGUCAGUUGCUGGGAAGAGAGAGGAUUAAAGGACAAGCACCUUCCUUCCCACUAACAUUCGUAAGAUGGCGGCCAUGGGCCUGGCGGGCUCAGAGUGAGGACUGGUGACCCACUGUGCCAUCCCCUCCCUCCCAUCAGUAUAGAGGACACGUGGGGACAGCCGUCACUCAGACCAUGGCCACCACAGGAACACCCUGUGGGUCUGCGAGGACCCUCGGAUCCUGGCCUGAGGGCAGGUACCGUUGUUUAUUCAGAAUGGUUCUGCCACAUUCACCCACUUCUACUGGGACCAGGACACUGGUUUUGUGGUAAAACUAGGUGGGCCCCUGCCCUUGCCCUUUUGGCCCACACGGCACCAGAAGUGUGGGCAGUGCCAGCAGGUGUGGCUCCAGGGGGAGGAGCAGCUGUGGAAUAGGUGCCUGCCACUGCCUCCUGCUGCGGGCCACCAGUGAGCUGUGACACCAUGGACGAGCUGUGACCUUGGGCAGCGUGGCCUGUGCCCACUGGUGUUUGGAGGACGGAAUGCCCAGCGGAAGGGGAGGCAGCGGAAGGAGUCUGGCACGGGCCCACCUGGGAAGGAGGGAGGAGGGGGAGUCUGCUGGCUCUCGCUGCUUCGCUGCAGUGACCGGUCCAGCUGUGGCCGAUUAGUGAGGGCCUCCACCAACUGGUGAAAAGAGCCCCCAAACCCGGGGGUGGUAACAGCACAGACACCAUCACUCACACGGGAACAGUCACUGAAUGGAUUCUUAUUUUCCUUGCAAGAUUAAAAGGUUCUUUAAAUCCGUCAGCCACCAGUGAAAUGAUCAGACAGGAG